GCAAAGUGAAUUAUCAGGACGAAUUCAAGAGAUUAUGAGAACUUCGGAGAAUACGACGUUAUUGAAUGCUUGUCAGACCGUGAUGUUCCCUCAUCAUCCUCGAGCAGUGGGAUCACCGUUCCUUGCACGGUUAACUGAAGGAAUGAUUGAUGCAUCUGAUUUACUCUCAAUCUUAUCACAGUUAGGAUUCUCUGGGAUCUUGAUCCAUAAUUGCUUUUAUGAGAGCGAUGAAGCAGGUAGUGUGCUUGGACAUGGAAGUGCUACUGGAGGUAAAGAGUAUGAUCACAGAGUGGCAAGGCUGUGUGUACAAUUGAUCAAUGAGACUUUAGCAGUUUGAAAAAAAAGAAAGUAUUAUAUGAUGAUAAGUAGUAAAAAAGCAACAACAGUGAUUUCUUUGAAGUAGAAGAAUAGAUUAAAAGUAUUAGAAAGAUGAUGAUGAUGAUGACAAGAUAUUUAUUUAUUUAUCUUUUCUUCGAAAAAAGUAUCUUGAAGUUUGCAAAGUGUGUGUGUGUUCUUUUACUUCUUGGUUGACUUAAUUUUUUUAAAAUCAAUUUUUUCUAAACAAAUUUGUAUGGGAAUUGAUUGGUUAUAGUUUUUGAGAGAAGUGAAAGAAAGAAAACAAAUGAAUGUGAUGGGGUUUUUUUGUCUUUUUUUGUUUUUUAAUGUGUGGGUUUUUUUUACUGGAUGUAUAUCGUUCUUUCAAGUUCUUUUUUUAAGUAGUAGUAUGGAAAACUUUUUUUUUACUUUUGAAUUGUAAAUGUGUUGUUUUGAUCACCUUAUUUUAGUUUAGUUUCAUUUAGAUUCAGGAUUGCAUGAAUAGUUUUUUUGAAUUUUG